AUGUCGGCAUCGGCUACCAGUUCGCCAUUCUCCGGAACGAUGUCGUCCGGUGGUUCUUCAGAGAUUUUUGGAGCUACACUGUCUAGUGCUGCUUUUAGCUCCAAGCUUCGAAACUCUACCUUGUCAAUGGCGAGGCAGGUGGUGAUGAAUGGCGGCGUGAUAAGUCCGACGCUGAUAGCUGCCGAAAAAAUGGGCUUUUAUGUCGUAUGGAGUGUUCGGAAUGGUGAUUGA